AUGAGUUAUUUUGGACGGAGGUCUAACAAGGCAGCUCGGAUCAAGUAUCUCCAGGCCCAACUGAGGGCAGCAGUCGAAGCAAACGACACCCUGCUGAAGGAGGUCCAGGGAGAGAAGGAUCAGAGGGUCAAGGAGGUCCAGAAAGAGAAGGACCAGUGGACCCAGGAGGUCCAGAGAGAGAAGGACCAGUGGAUCCAGGAGAUCCAGAGAGAAGGACCAGCGGAUCCAGGAGAGCAAGCAAAACUCAGGACAGACAACCAGAUGUUCCAGACUCGUAUCGGAGAAGCUGAGAGCCGUAUAGAAGAGCUCAAGGCCUCGAGUCUGGAUCAGGAGACUGACAUGAAGAGGCAACAUGCAGAGAUGGAGAAGUUAAACAAGGCCCAGAAACAGGUGGAGACCUUUAACUCAAUCCUCAACCAGAAAAAUGUAAUUAUCACAAAACUGCGGGAAGACUUCACUAAAAGCAAAGAGGAGACGACGAAACUCAAGGGAGAACUGCAGAGAAUGACAGAGUUCUGGGAAGAAGCAGAGAAGAUGUCGACCCUUUCAGAGAGCACUGUGUCGGAGCUGAAGACUCAAAUCAAAGCGCUUCAAAACAACGGGACAAAGAAGGAAACAAGCCCCAAACUCCAGGUGAAAAACUCUAUUAAAUUAGACCUGGGGAACAUGGACCGAACCCCCCUGGCACAGUUCUUCGACACUUAUAUCCAGGAGCCACAACACGAUGCAGCCAAACAUUUCAGACAGAUGCAAGAUUUAAAUGGUUUGUUUGAGCAAAAGCUGCUGUCGAUGCAGAAGAAUCACGACACGGAGCUGGAGACUGUGAGGCAGAGGUCCCACAGCAGAGGAGACGGCAGCUCCGGGGGCUCGGCCAAAGAGAGCGGAGAGGAGGCCGGCUCCAGCUCUCCCACGUCCAAACGCAAAAGAGUCAAGUUCAGCACCUUCACCAGCCUGCCCACCGAGGAGCUGCCCUACAACGCCAUCCCCACCGCAGACAGCCAGGACAUUCAGUGGGUCUGCCAGGACAUGGGCUUCCAGGACCCCGAGCAGCUGCAGCAGUACAUGCGGAGGAUACAGGAGAUGGCCUGA